AUGUCCAAGGGACCUGCCCCCGAUCUUCGACGAUCACAUACCGCGUCCAGAUAUGCCCAGCCCUGUCUUUCCACGCUUCCCCCUGACGUCUUAAUCCAAAUUCAAACUUUUCUGGACCCAGACGACAUCAUCUCUCUUCGCAAGGUAUCGAUCAUCCUAUUUCCAGAAUGUUCAACACUAACGGUUUCCUUAUCAUCUAUCUUUGAGACCUCUCAAGCGUUGUGCACCGUCACAAACUUGCGAAUUGUGUGGAUCAACGCCUUGCGCCAAGUGUGUUUGAUGCACGGCAUAAAUCUGUCCACGUUCUACCCACUUGAAAAUAUUUCGCAAAUCGAACUUGAACAUGCCGCCUUCUCGCCUUUUAGAUUUAUAAAAUAUGCAAGAGAUGAUAUCCCAUUCGAAGGGGAUAUCAAAUCCGUUGUCACUCGCAUCCUUGAGCCUCGAUUGCCGCCCGUCUUUUCCACGGACGAGAACGUACCCUUCAGUUGCCACGCUGUUUUGCUCAUUCCGGGUGGUCGGUUCCUGUUUACUGAUACGAUUCAACACGGCGUCGCCCUUUGGGACCUCGGAAUUCAUGCAGGAAUCCCAAUGAAACUGUCCCCUCUAGCGGUGCUUCCGACAACCACGGAAUCCUUUGUCAGAUUCACCAGCCCCACUCCGGAUAGUCAUGGAGUCUACGUUUGUAUUGAAGAACAGGUGAACUUGAACAUGAACACCCGCAUGUCGAUCUACGAAAUAUACCCAUCCUCUCCGGACGUAGCUUUUCGUCUUACACAUUCCUUGAAGGUCACAGGAACACUUGAUAAUGCAUACAUCUACAGAAACACACUGGCCUGCAAUCAUCCUAAUAAUCUCAUCACGGUCUGGGAUUUUAUCCAAAACAAGGCAAUCAGUUGGGAGUACGAUGUAGUACUUCGACCGAAUGGUGUUAUACUCUUUAACGACACCCUCCUUCUCGUUGAAGUCGGGAGAUUGACCGUCUGGGAUGUGCCUAGCUCAUUGUAUCUGCCGGUCUCGGACGAUGUGGAGGCUGCGUUCAUCCGGCUCCUUCCCAGAUUGGAAAUUCGUACACCAUCGCCAGCUGAACCCUUUCGAGUUUCUCCUCCUAGUCAUUGGCUUUCUGCAGGACAGUCGAGAAUCCCUUUCUUUGGAUUGUGCAGCCCGACGCUCGACCUACAAGGGGAGGAAAUCGUCGAUGAUUACUAUACUGCUAUGCGAUGCUACACCUUCAAGUCUGUUUCAAGCCUUCCCGAUAACCCAGACUUGCAGGUGUUUGAUCCACAACACGUGGGCGUCGUGAACUCUUUUCACCUUUCGACGUUGUCCGAGGACUUUCUACGACAUAUACGGUUUUGUGACACGUCGCUUACCAUAGCGUGGCAGGUUGGUGACGACGUAAAUAUUGGCAUCAUGAAGAUGCCACAGGGUGAUCCGGACAGUGUGGCCACCCCCGCCAUUCGACGUCUUUUCAAUGGGGAGGAGGUCGAGCUAAGGGAUUUCGACUUUUGUCCAGCAGCGGGUCGAUUGGUUGUCACAACGGCAGCUGGUGAUAUUCAAAUUAUGGAUUUUCUUACUCCCCCUUCCCCCACACGAAUGAACUUCAAAAAUUCAGCUGAGGAUCACUCGAAAAUUAUAAGCGAAAUUUGAUGGAUUAUCUGAGUCCUCCCGUGUCAGGAUCUCUCCGUCAGCGUCAAGUCUUUUCGGUAUUUGCACCAUAUGCCAUCAAUGAUCGAUACGAUCAUUCAAGUUAGCAAAGUUUAAAGGCU